AUGACCCAGGGUUUUUGGGGGCUCUACAAGGCCAGGGUGCUGCAGGCCCUGGGCGAGGAGGUAAUUUGGGGGGGGGGCACGGGUGGGCAGAGCCCCCUGGCCACCCCCUGCCCUCACUGGGGGGGGGUUUCGUUACAGGGAGACCCCCCCGAGCUGAUGGAGGCAGCCGAGCCCCCCGUGCCAGCGGAGGAGGGUCCCGGCCCCGUGGCGCAGCUGGCGAGGAAGGUGCAGGGGGUGGGCGCCAGGGGCUGGCGGAGCCUCUCGGCCCUCUUCGCCCGCGAGGACGAGCACCGGCUGCUCAGCCCCGACCACCCGCUGGCUGCUUCGCCGGCAGAGCCGCCCCCCGCCCCGAAACCCCCCGGUUUUUGGGAUCUUUUGGCUACCAAGUGGCAGCAGGCGGCGGCCCCUGAGCCGGAGGAGCCCCCGAUAACGAUGGAGCCGGGGGACAGCCCCGGGGAGCCCCCGGGGGACGAGGGCCCCGACGAUCUGAGGGAGCCGGAGGAAGGGGCCUUCAGGUGGGGCUUCCUGGCCUGCAAGCUGGCUGAGAUCCGAAAUAAAAACGCCCCCAAGGGCAACUAG